AUGCGAAUACGGCCGCAUUUCAGCGAGACAUUCCUCGCUCCGCAAGGCGACGGCAAUGAGGCAUCAACUGCUGAAGAGACGUCAUUCAGAGUGAUCUGGAUGGUCCAGUGCGAAGCUAGGGUCGUGGGCUUUGUCUUCUCUUCCAGCACCAGGCAAUGGCGAGCCAUUCCAUCCCAGAGUUGGGCCAAUUUGUUAGCUGGCUUCGUGUCAUCGACUGGGUUGGCACUCUUCUACGGGCGCCAAUGUACGUGCGACUACUUUUACUGGCUGCCAAACUGUCAGUACGAUUUGAAAAUGUUGGUGCUCGACACCCUGAGGAUGGAGUUCUCCGUUGAUGAACCCCCAACUGAAGCCAAAAAUGCGUUAUUUCUUGGUAUAACCAUGAUGGAGACAGGAGAAGGCCGUCCUAGAAUGCUUGCUGGUACCUAUGACAUGACUUGCGGCAAUCAUACCCUUUGGAGGAAAAAUGGUGGGAGCACCAGCCAGUGGCAGAAGGAGAAGAUGGUCUCACUCUCACCGGGCCCUCGGGAUGUGCUGAGAUGUUCAAUUGGGAAUUAUUUGGUCCUGGAUCACUUUGGAAGCUCGUCGCUUGAGAAAGGCUUAUACACAGUGGACAUCGAAACAUUACAGCUUAAGAGAGUGUGUGCUUCAGUGCUUGGCAGCACAUAUUGCAACUACCCACCAUCGUUGUCGGUACCGAAAGUAUCAAGUGGUAAACUUUCUUUUGCUUCAUACUUAUUACUUGCACUUCAUUAUUUUCACACAGCUUCGUCUGAUUCUUGA